UUUUCAUCAAAAACUGUGGGGCGUGAAAAGUCGCUGAAAAUGAAUGCAGAAAAGCCUGUAAUUAAGAAUCUACGCAAAUUUAGCUCAGUUGCGUAAAUACUCCUCCAGUUUUUUUUUCUUACAAUAAAUCAACGUCUACUUAUCUUCUAAACAUCGGAUUCUUGAAACGGAAUUCAUAAGGGAGCAAGCCGGUACUCGUAUUAUAUAUUUAUAGUACUGUAUCAAUAGGCCAUUGUGGGGCUUUGCGUGCGCGUUAUCGUAAACGUAAAGGUAGAAUUUCAUCAAUCGAAUCAAUUUCUAACUAUGGUGUUUAUUGGAAGAGUGUUUUGUGGCAUUCACAAGCCACAUCAGUACAUGCAAACACAUAAAGGAUGGAGAAUGCGAGGAAAUCCAGGCAAACAUAAAGCAUGGUCCAGGCGUCGGAUUUUAAGACUCUCUUCACAUUUCUACGGACGACGUAAUAAUUGCUACAGCAUUGCGAUCAAGCAGGUCUACAGGUCUCUCAACAAAUCCAGAAUUGGACGCAAAUUUCGCUAUCCUUUCCUGACUAGGCUGUGGGAGCAAAGGUUGGAUGCCGCCUGUGAGGAGCUGGGAUAUUCAUGGCCCGGCAUGAGAGUACAUCUUCGAGAAGCUGGUGUUGCACUGAGCAAAAGUGUCCUUCAGAACCUUGCUAUCUAUGAACCUAGGACCUUCAGGAGUUUGGUCUCCUUGGCCAAGUCGCUGGAUCCGGACCCUGGAAUGAACUCGCUGCAAGGACCUCCUCCGAGCAUCAUCACAAAAGGCAUGAUCUGAUGCUGGCAAACAUCUCAUCUGCCUCGUGAAUGCAAUGAAAAUGAAGAACUCUCAUUGCCUGGCAUGUUAGAUUUGUCCACGCAGGUUGUUUGAUCAGAUCUUGUUGUUGAAUUGGUUCCACUAGGUUUUAACAAGUGCUAAACCUGUUUUCGAUGCCAGUAUGUUUAUUGCCCAUGUUGUUAGGCGUUAAGCCAACAUUGAGCUUUGUAUUUGCGGUCAAGAUUUUAGGCGAGAACUCGGGAGUGCAAGUUCGCCAAUAAUCAAUUUCUUGCUUGACUUUGAGCCUAAUCCAGGUCAUUGACUUUGAUGUUACCGUGUCGCAUAAUUUACUUGAGUUGCGUUACGUAUUGAUUCAGCCCUAUCCGACCGGGAUACAUGAUUUGGAUUUAUCUCGCAUUCUGGAAAUAAUCUAAAAUUGCCCAAUCAGAAUGAAUAAUCAUUAGAGUAUACUAAUAGUUUCUGUUGUACAUAUUUUCCUGAAAUAUUGCUUCACUAGUAAAAAAUACUACG